ACUUCACUCCAUAUUCUUCUCUCUUUCUCUCUCGCGAUAAUACUCUCAAGUUUCUCAAACUCUCUGAAGAAGACACAACACAGAAAGACUUGUCUGAUUAUGGCUCUCGAAGCGAUGAAUUCUCCGACAACUACGUCCUCGUUCACAGUCCGAAAAGACAGGAUCGAAACAACAAAUGAUCUGAUGAACGACGCCGUCUUCAUGGAGCCUUGGCUGAAACGCAAACGCUCGAAACGCCAGCGUUCUCCCAACCGUUCCUCCUCGCCGCGUCGAUCUCACGCUAAAUCUGAAAGUCAUGAGGAUCUCACGGAGGAAGAGUAUCUCGCUCUCUGUCUCCUCAUGCUCGCCAAAGACCAACCGCAGACGCGAUUUCCUCAACCGUCACAACCGUCUCAAGAAACGACCAAGCUUUCGUAUAAGUGUAGCGUUUGUGGAAAAGCGUUUCCUUCGUAUCAGGCUUUAGGCGGCCACAAAGCCAGCCACCGCAUCAAACCUCCAACCACCGUUGAUUCAACAGCUCCGAGCGUCGCCGGAGAAAAGCAUCCGACGUCCACAACCAUCGCUCCUUCCGGGAAGAUCCACGAGUGUUCUAUCUGCCAUAAAGUGUUUCCGACAGGUCAAGCUCUAGGCGGACACAAACGAUGUCACUACGAAGGAAACCUUGGCGGAGGCGGCGGAAGCAAGUCGGUGAGUCACAGUGGAAGCGUGUCAAGUACGGUUUCUGAAGAACGAAGCAACCGUGAAUUGAUCGAUCUAAACCUCCCGGCGUUACCGGAGCUCAGCCUUCAUCACGACACUGUCGUGGAUGAAGAGAUUUUAAGUCCGUUGACCGGUAAAAAACCGCUUUUGUUGACCGGUCACGACCAAGUCAUCAAGAAAGAAGAUUUAUCUUUAAGAAUCUAAUAAUUAGUAGUCUAUUAUUAUGUAACUAGUUUGGUUUUUAUUCGUUACAAUCUUUUUCUUAUUUCUGGGAUUGGAUAUAUACUCAUCUAUGUUUUAGACUGUUAUUAGUGAUUGAUUAAAAUUGAUUGAUGGAUUUGAUUAUUAGAAUUUUCUCUUUUAAAUUAGCUGGCUAAUCUCUUUAAUCCACUCUGUAAAUUAUAGGACACGUGGCCUUUUGUGUGUGAACCCAGAGUAUAACUAGUUGGCGACCAAGAAUCCUUCCAUGUGGAUUCGUUCGUUGCCUUGAUUAGUAAUCACCACAUGUAUAAUUAAUUUGGUCCAUAAAAAACAAAUUAUUAUUUUUAUUAUGUUUAUUCUUUGUCAUACCUUCCGAAAUGGUUAUUGUCCACUGGAAGUAUAGUGUAUACCAUAAGCUUCUUUUCAUUCGUAUUAAAUCGUAACAAACUGCACAUGCGUUUUAGCAAUGCAUCAUCAUUAUUCA